ACAAAACUAGACGUAUACCCAGUCUUUCGCGCACCAAUACCGUCACCAUGCAUCUCAUGUACAUCCCCGACGCGGCCAACCCGACGAAGCGCACCUACACGCUGAAAAAGGUCAUUGGCGGCGAAGUGAGCAAGAGCGCGCAUCCUGCCCGGUUCUCGCCCGACGACAAGUACUCGAGGCACCGCGUGACGAUUAAGAAGCGUUAUGGACUGCUCUUGACGCAGCAGAAGAACAAGGUUGCCGAGCGAUCGUAGAGGGAUAGGUCAACGUACUCUCUACCUAAAUUUCUACCUUGGCUGUACGCGAUGGAUCUUCAGGCAACAAUUCAAGCAAGCAUGAGCUGAUCCGAAGUUGUGGAAUGGACGAGGUGGAAAAAGCACAGCAUGGCAUCGGCGUUUUUCAUGGAGUAUGGGCGAAAAGCUGGGACGGACGAGCAGGAGCCUCGGCUGGCUGUUGUUUGCGCAACAGAUUUAUUUGGUUCUGAUCGGGA